AUGACUGAGUUGGUCCAAAUUUUGAUAGAAAAUGAAAAAACAAUAGUCGAAUACAUUUUGAAGAACUAUGACCUCGCAAAAAUUUUUGGACUCACCCCUUUCAAGCCAGCUAAAGCAAUCUGUGGUGUAGAGUUUAUUUUUGACCCAAAUACCUUAAAUCGUUUAGAUAGGCACCCUGGGAGCAAUUUCAAGGGCACAGACACAACUCUUGACUUGUCAUUGUCAGACAAGCCACAUAAAAAUAUAAGUGAAUUGAUCAAUGAUUCAGACAAGACAAUUAGUUUAACCGAUUAUAUGAAAUUAAAAGAUGAUGAUGCUUUUUUAUCUAGAUCAUCCACUGCAGACACCUCAUCAGCUGAUUUGCAAAGAGAAGAGUACUCUGUAUGAUGGCACACAGAAACCAUUGAAAAAAGAUCAAAUAGCUUAAACUCAAAUAUUUAUGCGUCCUUAAAAGACAAAUGGGAAAAAGACGAAAAAUUUUGCAGCUUCAAAGAGCUUGAUUUUAAGUCAUGCUUGGCAAAAGAAAUUUUAAAAAAAAUUGGUGAAGUGAUAGUCAAGAUUGCUGAAAGAGGAGUCGAGUUUUUGAGAUUUCCAGGAGAAUUGAUAGAAAUCUCGAUGCAGCAAGAAACAAAAAUCAGAAUGAUUCCACAUAAUAUAAGCAAGAUAGCAAAAAUAAACUCAAGUAUAGACUUAGAAAGGUAUAGAGGUGUUAUUGAGGAAUGGCUCAAACCUUAUGCAAAAGAAAUCCGUUUUAUAAAAAGUUUGCAUUAUGAAUUAACACCUUCUGAUUUCAACCGCGCUUCAGAAAUUGCCAUAUCAGGGUUAUAUAAAGGAAACCAAGUACAAUCAUGAAUUACACCCAAAAAAAAUUCACAGUUAUAUAUAGAUUAUUAUUAUGAGCUUAAAACCCUCAAAGAUUUAAGCCAUAAAAAUAUAUUAAAAGUUUAUGGGCUGCAUGACACAAAGAAUUUCUGUUCUCUGAUUGUGGAAGAAUGCAAAAGUUUGAAAAGUACUUUAGAAGAAAAUAUAAGCGUCCAAAAAGUUGUAAAGAUUGGUCUAGAAAUUGCUGAAGGGGUAAAGUAUAUCCAUGACCAAAAUUUUAUAUGUGGCUGCUUGACGCCAGAAAAUAUUUUUAUUAACUGUCAAUCAAAAAUUGUCUUAGGGAGACUUAGAAUUGCAAAGGCAGAGUUUGCAGCGUUUUUCUGCGCUCCUGAAGUGCUUGCAAAUAGAGAAGUUGAGGCAGCUGCUGAUAUCUGAUCGUUUGGGAUGAUACUCUAUUGGAUGCUAGCUAAAAGGAUUCCUUUUGACUAUCUAAGGGACAGCGAAGAUUUUAGUUUUAAGUUUUUGAGCGAUUCUAUUGAGUUUAAUAGAAGGAAGCCUAUGCUGGAUAGAAGAAUUGAAGAAAAAUAUCCAAAGCUUGUGUCUUUGAUUAGAGAUACUUGAUCGAUUUUACCAGAAAAUAGGCCUGUUAUAGAAGAUAUAAUUGAGGAUCUCAAGGAAAUUUUAGAUGAGAUAUUCUUGUCAAAUUAUUUAUUAGUGUCGGAUUCAGAUUAUUAAAAUAUGAAUCUCUGGACAACUCGAAGUCCUGAUUCAAUGUCUGGUAUCGCACAGGAACAAGUUCUAGAAUGGCCUAGUGGUUUACUAAAUUUUGCUGGGCACCAUUUCAUAUUCUCGUCCUCAUCGUCCAAGAGGUAAAUCCAUCCUCAAAAAUAGAAUUGCUGUCCAUUUCUGGGUUGGUAAACAUUGCCAGCUUAAAUAUAUGCUCAAAGCUGCGCCAGGCUCAAAAGGGACUCAUAUUUAAUUAUUUAGAGAGAUAAAUAAUAAUUAG